UUUUGUCCAGCCCAGCAAUGUAUACAUUGCUCUGUCUCUGUGUCUCUCUCUCUCUCACAAAGACUACACUUUAUUAAACACCGACUCUCUCCGCUCCAAGAAACAAUGAAUGAAGGUGCUUAAUUUGCUAGCUGCACUUUUGUAAUUGCAGUAUUUACUCCCAAUCUUCCCACUUCUGCAUACCUCCUUGGGAUUUUUUUCCAUUCAUUAAUACAUUUCCUGGCCUCAAUUCACACACUCCUCUCUCUCUCUCUCUCUACGCUGCACCUUCUCAAUUAAAUAAUGCUUUAAUGAAAACCCCUCUCUCCAGUCACCCAAUCCUUCAAUUGGGUUAUAUAUAAUCCCCCCUUAGAGGUCCCAAACCCUCCAACAACAACAAGUCCAUUUCUAUGGUGGCUCUGUUUCAUAGCUCUAGCUUAGCCAGUCUUCAGUAAUUCUAUAAAACCUCCUUAAUCCUGUUUUCUUCUUCUCUGGGCAGGUUGGUCAUGAGUCGAAGAAAUGGAAAUAGUGGUCCAAAGCUGGAUUUGAAGCUGAAUUUGUCUCCACCAAGGCCUAAUCGAAGACUGGUGGAGUCUCCGAGCCGAUCGGCUAGUGUUUCUCCAACAUCUCCACCAAGCUCAUGUGUGUCAUCGGAGAAUCAAGAAGACACAGGCAUGUACUCAAACAGCCCUGAAGCAACGUCCAUGGUGCUUGUUGGGUGUCCGAGGUGUCUCAUGUAUGUUAUGCUCUCUGAAGAUGACCCCAAAUGCCCCAAAUGCAAGAGCACUGUUUUACUUGAUUUCCUCCAUGACGCCGCCGCCGCCGCCGCCACUACCACCACCAACAACAACCGCCGCAAGAACAACAGGAGGAGCUAGAGCUCUCUCUCUUUCUUUUUCUACUAGCUUAGCCUGCUAGGAUUCUAUCUUUACACAGUCUUGCUAUCUUUAUAUUCUGAAUGCUUGUUUUUCUAUCGUCUCUAUCAGGUAGCGCUACUUCCGCUCCACUUUUUUGGUUCUCUGCUUCAACAAAAAAGAUUUCAUAAAAUUAGGCAUUUUAAAAAAAAAUAGACAAAAAAUGGAGCGCCAAUAGCACUACCUUUUUUAUUUUUUUCCUUUUAUUUUGUUUCGGUUGCUAUGCUUUUCCUGUCAGAGAGUAGGAGGAGGAGAAACAGAGUCACAAUGGUGGUGGAAAGAGGUGGUCUGGGUUCAACUUUUUGCAACGUAAGCUUUGUUUUCUCAAGAGUUUUCUUAUCAAUAUAUUUGGUGAUUCAAUU